AUGGUCCAGCAGCUCACAUGGUGCAGCAGCUCACACCUGUCGCCUCAGCCCACAGAGGCAGAGAGUGACGCCCCCGCUGCCCUGACGCCUCCUCACAGCAGGGACCGCAUGGACACGCCCAGGGGCCCCGAGGGUCCACCUGGGGUCCCAGCCACUUCCUCUUCCUCCACCUCUUCCUCUGCACUGUCAUCUCCGACAACCGUGGGCCCCCGGUCAGAGGAGGGCCCCAAAGAGAAGGCAGAGGCCCCUGAAGCGGAGUACGUGAGCGCGCGCUGUGUUCUCUUCACGUACGUCCAGGGCGACAUCAGCAGCGUGGUGGACCAGCACUUCUCCAGGGCCCUCAGCUCCUACAUGGACGGGGAGGGCAAGAGGCGGGCCCCUGAGGCCCAGGCACCAGAGGCGCCCCCCAGUGGCCGCAGGAGCUUCCCCCCUUCCUUCUGGGACAGUAACUACACGUCGCCCCCGAGUCGGUCCCACUGUGAGCCCGCCCCCUCGUACGCUGUGGACCCGUACGGCCUGUCCCACCCCCACCACCCUCACCACCCCCACCACCCUCACGCCCCUGAGUCCUGGGGCUACCCUCAGCCUCAGUACGCUCCCCCCAGACCCCUGCAUGAACUGUACCCGCCCUCAGCCCUGGAGCCUCACUACGGGCCACUUCUCAUGCCUAGUGUGAGGCCCCCGCACCUGUCUGCCAUGCCCCCCCACUACGAGGUCAGCAAGCUGGAGCCCCCCAGCCCCUGGCCCCCAGGACUACUGCCCGCGGGGGACAUGGGCCAGAGCCUGGCCCUCAACAUGGACACAGGUCUGCCGCAGCACAAGAAAGCCAAGGAGCUGUACUGGUUCUAA